AUGAGAAUUACUGUGCGUAAUUCAUUGCCUCCUCAACAGCAAGUGGCGGCUGAUUUUUUGCAUAGAGCACAAAAUGCGUCGGCUUUGCAGAGAGGCUUAAACGGUUACAUGCAGAAUUUGUCAAGGUCACAGGACCUACCUCGGGGAAGUGUUACGACGUCAAAUCCACACCCGUUAACAACAACACGUCGUACACGAACUGUCAAAAUGGGCGCACCGAAAGAAAAACACAAAGACAAAUUACUGCCAAAGUGUUCGGUCAUUUAUUCAAAUUCUCAACAUGGAGAAAUUACAAAUGAAAAGGAAAUUGUUUAUCAGCAACCUGAUCAUUGUGCUCAAGGAUUUCCCAUUUUCGAGGAUAUUCGAAGGCAGGGGAAACUUUGUGAUGUGACUCUCAAGGUAGACGAUCAAAGUUUCAGUGCUCACAGAAUUGUUUUGGCUGCGACAAUUCCUUACUUUAAUGCUAUGUUCCUGAAUAAUAUGUCCGAAAGUAAACAAAAGGAUAUAACUUUACAAGGAGUUGAUUCAGUUGCUUUGGAAGCGUUGAUAAAUUUUGCAUACAGUGGACGUAUCACUCUCACGAAUGAAAACGUUCAAAGUAUAAUGAUCGGAGCUUCCUUUUUUGCCUUGCAUAAAGUUAAGGAUGUUUGUGCGGAAUUUCUACAGACACGUUUUCAUCCGCACAAUGUUUUGGGAAUAAGACAUUUUGCAGAUACACUAAGCUGUGCAAUUCUUUUGGAACAAGCGAAUAAAUAUAUCCAACACUAUUUUCAAGAAGUUUCCUUGGCCGAUGAAUACUUAAAUUUAUCGAUCUGUGAUUUAAAGGAAUUAGUUUCUAGCGAUGAAUUACAUAUAACUUCGGAGCAACAAGUUUUCGAAGCAGUUCUCAGAUGGGUAAAACACGAUGAGGAAAAUAGAGUGAAAAAUUUACCCGAAUUACUUGCUCUUGUGAGAUUACCACUGCUUUCGCCGGAAUAUUUAGCUGAUCAUGUGGCGAAGGAGGAUCUUAUCAGGAGCUCUCAUCAAUGCAGGGAUUUACUGGAUGAGGCGAAAGACUAUUAUCUUCUGCCACAUCGAAGAUAUUUGUUGGAUAGUUUCAAAUGUAGUCCUAGAUGUUGUAAUUAUACGAUGGGUCAUAUUUUCGCCGUUGGAGGAUUGACGAAAUUUGGCGAUUCUUUGAGUACAGUGGAGGUGUAUGAUCCUUUCACUGAAAAGUGGAAAACUUCGGAAGCCAUGACAAUGUUGAGGAGUAGAGUUGGCGUAGCUGUUCAUAAAAAUAAACUUUAUGCAUUCGGUGGUUAUAAUGGUUCCGACAGACUGUCCACUGUUGAGGUUUACCAUCCGAAUUUGAAAGCGUGGAAGAUUAUUGCACCUAUGCACUGUAAAAGAAGUGCUGUAGGUACGGCUGCUCUUAACGAUUUCCUCUACGUUUGUGGAGGAUACGAUGGAGUGGCGUCUCUAGAUACUGUUGAGAGAUACUGCCCGGAAACUGAUGUAUGGAAAAUGGUCAGUUCCAUGAAUAAGCAUCGCUCUGCUGGCGGAGUUGUUGCAUUUCAGGGCUACGUGUAUGCUUUAGGUGGUCACGAUGGAUUAUCUAUUUUUGAUUCGGUUGAACGAUAUGACGCUCAGACAGACACGUGGACAGUAGUUAAACCAAUGUUGACGAGAAGAUGUCGUCUAGGUGUAGCUGCCCUUAAACGUAAACUAUACGUUUGCGGUGGUUACGAUGGAUCAACGUUUUUACAGUCCGUGGAAGCUUACGAUCCUGUUACAGACAAAUGGGAAUUUGUCGCACCCAUGACAGUAAGACGUAGUCGUGCGGCACUUGUAGCGAACAUGGGGAAAUUAUGGGCAAUCGGUGGCUACGAUGGAGACUCAAAUCUUUCGACAGUUGAAGUCUAUGAUCCCGACACGAAUACAUGGUCAUUCGCAACUCCAAUGUGUGCCCAUGAAGGCGGUGUUGGUGUCGGAGUAAUAUCGAUCUGUUAGUACAUAAACAUUUUUAAAAGAAACAAAUUAAUAUUAAAUUUUAACUAUGAAAAAACAAUUACAAUAUUAAUCUAAAAGAUUUUAAAUUUUAUAUAAAGAAAGGAAAAACUAUUUUUAAUAAUUGUGAAUUCUUGCCAUUGCUUGUCUUCUAUAGAUAUUUAAUUUGAUCAAUUUUUAUCAAAUUUGAUCAAGACUUUUAUCAAAUUCCACCUUGUUAUCUAGAUAUUAAUAUGUUAAUGACGGCAAUUGUUUACAUUUUACUGUGAUUGAAUUAGGUUUUUAUUUUUCCUGAUCUCGAAAUUUUUCUAUUCGCCAUCUAGAUCUAUAAAAAUGUGUAUAUUUAUUAAUUUACGAAUUUAUGGAAAUUCGCCUGUGAAUACAAUUUAUACAAUUGGAAAAAUGUUUAUAUUUAUAGUUUGUAAUUCUACGUCUUCGAAAAGAAAAAAUAGUAAAUAACCUAAUUGUAAAUUAGUGUAUAAAUUUUUAAAAUGUUAUGUUUAUUCGGAUUUAAUUUUCCAGAAAAGCAUUUAUAACUCAUUAAGUGUCGGCGAAGUCUCGAAGUGAUAAGAACCUCAAAUGUAAAAUUCUUUACAAUUUUUUUUUUACCGUUUUGAUAUUAUUUUUUUGAUUGUUUAAAUUCAACUCGAGCUCUCUUAUGGGGUAUGCGGACAUUAUUUUUUUAUUUGAACCAUAGGUUUAUGUAUUUUAAUUUU